AUGGAAAGAAGAAAAAAAGGGGGCACAGGUAAAGGGGAAAUGGGCAAAGGAGACGCACACUUUGUAGAAGCCACCGCCGAUCAUUUUGAGGGCAAGGAUGCAGCCCUGCAAUCCGGCAGGAUUGUAGCGAGCGUGCAGAGCGCGAGUGGGCAUAUUUUAGCGCCGGCACUGGUUGCAUGGGCGGCAAUUUUGUGCGCGGAGGAGCCCGUCGCGGACGGGGAGUGGGCGCGGGGGUCUGCUCUCAGGUGCGGCGCGCAUGAGGACUUGGGCAUGCAGAAUGCUCCGAGCGCACUAAACGCAUGCGACGAGGCGACCCCAUUGCAUGUUGUCGGAUGA